AUAUGGCACAGCACCGUUGCCCCACAUCUGUAGAGCAGUGUCCUGAAACGGAACAUGACCAGAUGUGAAUAUACAAUAUCCCAGAUGUAAUGAUGUGCAUUGAGCGACACAUAUAGAGAGUGGGUUUGGUUCGCGCGCCGUGCUGUAGGCUGGUCCUGCCUCAGGAAGCGCCAAGCAGCACCUCCCGUUUCCACACAAGAGCGCACCAGUUUACUGCAGCAUCAGCACUGGGGAUGAUGCACGCCGGCUGAAAGCUCCGCUGCAACUCUGCGAACAACGGACGUCUUGCACGAGUAGACUUUGACUGGAGAAAACAAACAACAUGAUCCGAAAAUCUUUCUUUACCGCUUGAUUUUCCCGCAAUGUGUUUGUAUCUGGAUUAAGUUUCCACGUCAUUUCGAGCGACGCGGUCGGUGUGGGGAAACAUGAGGAUAACUGUCGGUUCCCGUGGAUGAUGAUGCCCCAUAAUGAACACAGAUUUUCAAAAUCAACUGCAAGUCCCUCAACCAAAGGUUCGCAGUCAUCUGACCAUCAAAGUGCAGUCCAAACUGAUGUCCAGGCAGUGUCCCCCUGUCCUUCAUCCAAAACCUCCUGUCGCCCCCAGACCCCUGUAUGAGCCUCAUGCACAAGGGGAGUCCUGCCCCCUACAGAGCCUGAGUAACGGAGACCUGGCUCACUCUGAUGGGGAGACGGAGGAUCUUCAUGAAAUGGCUGCGGAGAACCAGGACAAAGAGGAGAAAAGCGAGGAUGGGGUUAAUGACACCGGCACUGGGCACAAUGACAAAGAGGACAUAGCAGAAGGAGAAAUUGAGGAGGAAACAGAAAAAGAUGUAGAUAUAUUAGAUAAUGAUGGCAACCGCAUUGGUUCUGAGGACACAGUCGAAGCUGAUGAUGGUUCUAAUGUUGAUACUACUGAGGAUGAAAACACUGACAAUGACUUCAUCAAGCCUGCAGUUGGAAAUCACACUGAUGAUGAGAAAACAUCAUCGCCUUCACUUAAUCCUGCUGAGAUGGAGGAUGAAACGGGAGAGGAGGCGGAAGAGAAGGAACCAAGUUUUAGUGAAAAAACUGACAUAGUUUGUGACUCUUCAGGACACGAACAUGUGGAGAAACAGAAUCUUGACCAACCACAAUCCCUCAGUCAGGGUGAUGAGGACAAUGAUACUGGACGUAAUGAAGUAGACAGUGAACAAAGUGAGGACUCUGUGCACUGUUUACACACAGAUGAGACUGAGCUAGAAGCUGGAGGAUUUGCAUUUGGAUUCAGUGUGCUUCCAACUGUAACUGAGGAGUAUCCCUACGAUGUGAUUGGCCCCACAGAUGAUGCUAGUGAUACAUGUGAGUCAUGUGACCCAGCUGAAACAGGGGAAACAGGGGUAUGGCAACCAGAACGGGCCACCAAGGACCUCUCUGGCUGUUUCCGAUUCACAUCCAGCACUGAGGAUGUUUUUGGGCCUUAUUCGUUCAUCGAAGCUGUUCCACCAGAUAUGACCGGCACCGCUGACCCAGAGUGGAGUCAGGAUGAUACUGAUGACAAACCCUCAAAUGAACCGCAAACGGAAGGUGCUUCUAACCAGGAACCUUACUAUGUGACAUCAGAUGACGUGGACAAGCUAGAGGAUAAGCAAGCCUUCUCAGAACAGGGUGAGAUUGAGGAGGGCACAGAGGAGUCGAAUCAGCACGAAGGCAAAGCAAAUGACAGCGAGUCAGCAGAUGAGUAUGCAGAUAUUGACGAUUCACUCUGCCUUCAAGCAGAAGACAAGCAGCUGGAGUGUGUCUCAUCGGAGGAUUACGUCGAGAUAGGCGAUGAUGACGAAGAGGAAGAAACGGAAAAGAAGCAUAUUAAAGGAAAAAGUGCAAAAGAGAGAACGGCUAAACGUGACGAGGCUUUCCUCAGCCAGCGACAGAGCUGCCAGCCUCGCCUCAGGUUGUGCAACAUCACAGUGCCAGCAGACCUAGAUGGAGGCCGCACCCCGGAGCUCACCAACAGGGUAGUGUUUGCCCACACCACUGAAGCCUUUGAAGAAGACAUUGAGGAACUGGACUGCCAUAUUGUGCCUUACGAUGAGGACACAGACUCAGACGGCGAGGACCAUAUAUACGAGGAGGCGGGGUUUGACUCAGAAGGGGAGAACUUUUUGACAAUUGAUCGGAAGACAAUUGUCACACGAUCACGCUCUUAUUCUGGGAAAGUUCCAGGUUACGUCCCAGAAACUGUACCAGAGGAGACUGGGACGGAGUACCAGACUCAUGACUACUGCACAGUGGCCUUAGAUAAAAACAACGAACCACUUAGCGAUUCACAGCAGCCUGGGGUCAAGUGUUCGAUCCCGUCUAUGAAGUCUCAACGUUUGUUGUUUUAUUCCCGAUCUGCAGAGGGUCCAGAAUUGACCUUGACCACUCCCACAGAGAUCAACCACUCUCUGAAGGAUGGCAUCCGGAUGAAGAGGAAAGAUGAUACGCUUUCUCUACCAUGUGUCAUAACCUCUUCUGGAAGCUUCUCCCAGCGUAGCCAUCAAUCAUCCAGUGGUGUUUCCACGCCAACCUCUCUAGUGGACAUCCCACCACCCUUUGAGCUGGCAUACAUCACUAAAAGACCAGUCACCAAGAGUUCCCCAUCCCUCCUGAUCCAGCAUGAUCCCAACGACAUACCUAAGAAGAAGUCCUCCUUCAAGCGCUUCCUGGCGCUCAAGUUCAAGAGGAAGACAGAUUCGAAGGGUUUCAUCGAUGGAAGUGUCCGCUCUUCUCGUUCUUCCUCCGAGUCCAGCCACCACGGCCCCGGGAGAGUCAUAGAGCUUGAUCGUAGAAGCACCGGCAGCUCUCCUCAGCUUCAGAACCACAUUGUGAACCCCCAGCAACGUCCUUUAGAACUGCCAUCCCCCUUUGUCCUAUACAAAGACCACCAGAGGAGGAAAGGUGACCCCAAAGCUUAUGGCGGAAGCGUCUCCAGAGUGGAGUCCUUCGAGGAGCGUUCUCGGCGCUCCCCCAUGCCACUGCCUUUGACCAAACCCCGCUCCAUCUCCUUCCCCAGUGCGGACACCUCAGACUAUGAAAACAUCCCUGCCUUGAGCUCAGACUAUGAGAAUAUCCAGAUCCCUGUCAGACCCACCAGAUCCCACACUGUCACUGAGUUUUUUGAGGACCCAAAUCGCACUACAGUCGCCUGCAAUGAGAAUGAUGGCUAUGUGGAUAUGAACAGUUUCCCUGGGAUUGAAGGCAUAACCCAGACAUCAAAAGACGACACUGAAAGUGCCUACACAGAGCCUUUCCCACUGAACCCCGUCUCUGCUGGGCUGUCAGCGGACGAGGACCACGGGCGUACGUCAGAGGAGGAAGAGGGGGUGGCUGAGCCGAGUUAUGACAGUCAGAUUGAUGGCCGAUCGCGAGCGUUCUACGUCGCCAAAGAGCUCGUCGACUCAGAGAGACUACACGUCAGCGCCCUCAAGUACCUUCAACAGGACUUUAGGUCCGCAGUGACAGAGGCGGCGGUGGGUGAGGAAGGGGAGCCUGUGCUGGAGGAGCAGAGGUUAGGAGAGAUAUUGGGCGUGCUCCCCCAGGUCUACACCCUCCACAGCAGCAUCCUUACUGAGCUAGAGGAACGCAUUAGUCAGUGGGAGGAGAGCCAAAGGGUAGUUGAUGUGAUCCUGUCACGUCGGGAGGACUUUGGGGUGUUUGACACCUUUAUCUCAGAGUAUGAUCGCAGCAUGUCCUUACUGGAGGAGAGCUGCAGGGAAAACUUGGCCUUCGCCAACAUCGUCAAGAAAUUUGAGAAGAGAAGCCCAGAGGAAGCUGAAGUCCCACUGAAACACCAGCUGCUUCAGGUUAUUGUGAGAGUGCUUCAAUAUCGAAUGCUACUCACAGAUUACCUGAACAACCUCUCUCCUGAUUCAAAAGAAUACGAGGACACGCAAGCUGCCUUGGUGAUCGUGUCCGAGGUGGCGGACCAGGCCAAUGACAAUCUGAAGCAGGGGGAGAACUUGCUGCGUCUGGUCCACAUAGAGUACAGCGUGAAGGGCAAGAGGGACGUCCUGAAGCCCGGAAGGAUGUUUGUCAAAGAAGGCACACUCAUGAAGGUCUCGAGGAAAAGCAGGCAGCCGCGACACCUGUUUCUGAUGAACGAUAUAAUGCUGUACACCUACCCUCAGCAGGAUGGGAAAUACAGGCUCAAGAACACACUCUCUCUGUCUGGGAUGAAGGUGAGCAAACCGGUUCUAGACAACGUGCUGAACUGUCUUAAGAUUGAGGUGUCUGACAUCACUAUAACACUCUCAGCAAGCUCAGUUGGAGAGAGGGAGGACUGGUUCCACACGCUGAGUCGAGCCAUAGCAGACCAUGCAGCAGGACUCUGUACGUUUGGUGGACCCUGCAGUGAGGCCCGUGAGAAGUUGUGGAUGGCCCUGGGUGAGGCUGCUCCAGUACUGGUGCCAGUUUCUCACGUGAUGAUGUGCAUGAACUGUACCUCUGACUUCAGCCUCACGCUGAGACGACACCACUGCAACGCCUGCGGCAAGGUGGUGUGCCGUGCUUGUUCCAGGAACAGAUACCCACUGAAGUACCUCAAAGACAGGGUGGCCAAAGUGUGUGACCACUGCUAUCCCGAGCUCAGGAAAAGAGGUUGCAGCGUGUCGGGGGCGUGCGGUAACUCCAGCCCACGGACUCACCGGGCCAGCCGUCCCCUCUCUGCUGUCUUCCAGAGCCUGCAGCCCCCGAGUUUGUGGAAGAGCAGGAAGAGCACCUCCCCUCUCAAUCAGAUGUCGCUUAUCGUGGAGGGAUCCACCAUGAGCGGCAGCCUGCAGCGCCGGAAGAAGAGCAAGAGGAAGUGGAAGCGUCUGUGGUUCCUCCUCAAAGACAAGGUGCUCUACACCUUCACAGCCCGUGAGGAUAAAGUGGCUUCAGAGAGUCUACCGCUGCAGUGCUUCACUGUCAAGCUAACAGAGAGGCCAGAGGGAGAGGAAAGCAAUGUGUUCCAUCUCUACCACAAGAAAACCCUGUAUUAUACCUUCAGGGCCGAGGAUCCGCAAACCGCGCGCAGAUGGGUCAAUGCCAUAGAGGAGGCUACUGUUUUAUAGCGCCCGCUCAGUAAAACGAACACGCCCUGCUGUCUGUGACUGCUACAACUCCUCUGUGGAGCACAACAUAGCUACCUGCUGCUUCUGAACUCAGACCACCAGUAAGAAUUCAUCACAUGUGACCUGUUUGUGUGGAAUAUUAUGUGACAAUUUAAUCACCAGAUCAGGCUGCCACCCGACGGUAGGACGGUAAAGGUGGGGGGGUUACCCCUUGUUGGAGAAUGAUCUAACAUAUGAAACCUCUACUGGUCCAGCCGAGUUCCCAGGAGCCUUCACUUUUUAGGAGCAGCUUCAUCAAAUGCUUCAUCAAAACGAACAUUUUAUUCAGACUGUUUCAUCUUCUUACACGGCGCAUCCCGCAAAAAGAAAAACAAGCUUUUUUCUCAAAGUCAACUCUUUCAACUUUGCUGUAUUCUGGUGUCUUGUGCCUGAGGUUCCACUGGAUUAUUAAACCACUCUUUGGUUCUGCAGGAGAACGUUACAUCCUUUACAUUUUUUUACAUGUGAAACAGUUCCAGCCUUUGUUCUGUGAUGGGUAUAACAUCACAAACAAACUUUGCUUUGUAGUCGUAUUUGCAGCGAGUGAAAAAGGAAAAUAUUGGUCACCGUUUCAGAUAAUUGGUAUUCUGAAUAUAUAUUGUGAAGUACACACUGCAGAUAUGAAGUGAAUUAUAGGGUUUGUAUAUAAAUGCUGUUACAUGAUGUUCUGAGUAAGAGGUCAUUUUAAUCGUCCCAGUGCGUGUACAUUAUAUUGGUUGUGGAGUUUAACACAAUGUUAGUUAUAUUGAAUCUACAAAGCUAUGGAAUGACCCUCGGCAUGACUCUGGAGUAUUUCUAAGGAUGAACACUUUCAAAGAUGCUUUGUAUCUGAAUCUAAAGGUUAAAAAAAAAAAAAAAAAAAGUCAUACAGUUCUUAAGUGCCAAUUGAUUUCUUCCAGUUGAAUGCAGUGCACUUUGCAAAUUGAUGAUGUGCCUGAAAUUAAACUGUACCCCUUUUUUGGUCUUUAUAUUAUCAAAGUACUUUACUGCUGUCAUGUUGCUGGAAGAGACCUUGAUAACAUUGGCCUUUUAUCUACUUGCAUAUACUUUAAACCUUGAGUAUUUUGGAACAGUUUGGUAACAGUCCAGUAACAUCAGAAAAUACUUUUGUGCCAUUUCUAUUACUGCUCUUUUCUUGCUACAUAUACACUGCUGGAUAAAAUCACUGGGUUUAAUGAAAAACACAUCGUCAUACUACCUUUAAACUGCCAGUGUUAGGAGUCAUCAUGUCUGGAGUUUAGCAUAAUCCGACAUGCAUAGAUUCUGUUAAAUAACCUACCUAAAGACUUUAUCUACUCCAUUCGGCUGUCAGCUGUACUACAUGAGAUCUUUCCACCAUCAAACUACAUUAUUUCUAAAGCCCACAUUUGUUCAUCGAGUACUGUUUGGCUUUUCUACCUGUUUUUUAGUGUUAUAAUGGACUGUAUCUCUUGCAUAUAGUGCAUUGUAAAUGUUUGUGUAUAUAGAUACAUAUAGAAAUAAACUCCUUUAAAAAGUUUACUUCA